GAUAGUUUGAUCUCUCUCUCUCUUGUUAUUGGACGCUUUCAAUUUAAAGGAAAACUUGGGGGAUAUUAUUCCCAUUGCUACUACUCAAGUACGUUGGUUGGUGCCUUACAAUAUCGUCUGAAUGAAUCCCUCCUCAAUGAAAAGUUUGUUUUUGAAAAUUGACAAGCCCUGAAGAACACUUUACUUCGUGAAUACCUAUUUCGGCUGUUUUCUAUGUAAUGCAAUAUUUCCCUGCAAUAUGUACAUAUUAACAUAUUACAUAUUCAUGUUACAUAUUGAGAUAAGCCAUCUAGUUCAGGCUAAAAGGAAGGUUUGCACAACAAAUCUCACUUUGAAGUUGCUCUUUGUAACCACUAACAUGCACUCACUCACUAAUCUCUUCAGAGUCAUUGACAACAUUUAUUCCUUCCGUUCUGGCUUCACCCUCAUUUUACACUUGAGUUCAUCCCAUGUUUCCUAGAUUUUGUUAUUUUAUCCGUUCCAUUAUGAGGAGUUGCGAGUGAAACAUGUAACAAUAUUAUCCAUUUUUUGUUAUCAAACGUUUAGAUCAUAUCAACGAUAUCCAAACAAUUUUAGAAUACAAACGCAUCCAGCUUUACAACAUAUUUAUUUGACAAAAAUUGAUUAGCCGGUUUGAAAUGGGGGAAAAAUGCUGAAAAUGUGCAUAAAAAAUGGUCCGAGAAGCCCUCAUAGCAGCAGCAGCGGGGGAAUUCUGAUCGAAAUUGGAAACAAUUCUUUUCUCACCCUCCCAGACAGCAGAUGCACUCUUCUUCUACCCAUUUAAUACAUUUGGCUACCCAAUGAGUGACUAUAUAUUAUAAUUUAAUGCUUCGGAGCCGGUGUUGUCUCCCACAAAAAUUCAUUACAUUCAACCACCAGAGAGAGAGAGGACCUGGAACCUGGAAGGGGAGAAGAUGAGAUAAAUGCAUUGUUAUUCGCAGGAGCAAGCUGAUGAAAAACGACCGCAGCCGAGGGAUGAGAUUCAUUCUUAUCUGACUCUCCUGCUCCUUCCUCCUCUCGAAGCGCAUCUCAUUCAAGACUGAUGAAAGAUAAUUCUAAAUAAUUUCAUUGUCAUCAAACAAUGAAUCGUGAGACAAAAUGGUAAUAAUUAAAUUUUCUCAUCAAAUCCUGUAGCAUAAAAAAAACUUGCUUCCCUUAUUGAAAACAUGGAUAUGGACAAGAUUCCAACAUAAGUUACAAAAAUAUAUAUUUUGCAUCCGGCUUGUGAAUCCGGCAAAAUACCCGUUGCACAAUGCCUCGUAAAGUUUUUUUUUAAGGUUUACGCUUUAUAUUCGUGACAAUGCUUCAUUCUCAAAGUCAAAUGACAUUUUUACAAUGGACAAUUAAUUGUCAUUGACGUAUUGGAUGAAUUGAAAGUGAUAGUUUGUAAUAGUUGGUAUUUAUUUCGUAUUUUAUUUAUUUAGCAGCGUGCAUACACAUACGCGUGCAAACACAGAAUACAAAGAGAAUGCGUAGCGACUUGUAAAAAAUAAUAUACUAAGGACGAAGGUAUCAGUGUAUCCAGGUGCUCAGGAAAUUGUUGUGACUCAAUCUAGAGUCAAUAUGGAUUUGUUAAAAUCAAAUUGUGGUUUCUGGACGCGUGGACUAGUCAUUUUCAUCCUUCUAUUUGAAAUUGGACAAGUAAAAUGCAAUGGAGAAUUGGUUGUGUCAUAUGCACUGGUUAGUACUUUAUCGGCACGUUUAAAUAUUUCUCCAAAAUUGAUGUCGUUCGUAUUAUAAUACAUGCAAAGUAAAUAUGUGUAAUCAGGAUAUAAUUUAAUUUUUGUUUCGAAAAAGCCUAUAAAUGAUGGAGCUAUGAGCGAUAUGCACGUGGUGGUAGAUUUAGCAGGAUUUCAACCCUGUAAAGCUCAAGAAUGUGAAACUGUAUGUGGAGUCAAGAACAAAACUUUGGGCUAUUGUGACGAUGUCAAUAAGAAGCUUUGUAUGUGUGCAGCGGAAUUAUUUUACACGUCGGAAUUGGAAGGAACUGUAGUGUCCGUGGACAGAAAUAACUUGGAACACAAAAACUGUUCAGUAGCCUGUAACAAGAGGAACAGCUAUGCUAGAAUUUGGACCAAACAGGAUAAGACGAAUCACUGUACUUGUUUAAUGCAUCAAGUUACCUCGACAGGUAUUACAUUGUGUGAUGAAAAUGCCAUAUCAGAUAUUUGCAAGAUUGUGUGCCAAACCGAAUCAGCAGUCUGUUCAUUUAAUGGAGUGUGCCUUUGUCGAAAGAACUGGGACAGUUUUUUCAAGAUUGCUGUUCCAUUUGUAAGAAAGGAAGCUCCGAGCGAUGUCAAUGAAUGUUCUACAAGAUGUUCAGGCUAUCAUCAUGAUUACGUCCCACGCAUAUUUGAUUCCAAAAUGUUGGACAAAAGUAGUAACAAGACGUACAAAUUUCGGGAAAAGUUCUGCCUCUGCGGAGAAUGGAGCGAUAUUGGAAAAUAUCCUGAAACACAGGCCAUAAUUAAUCAAGGUUUCCAAUUGUGCACAGGACUCAAAUGUAAAAGGCGCUGUGGAAUGGAUGAAGCAAUUUGCGAACCAAAAUUACGCCGAGGUUGCCUAUGUAAAAGGGAAAAUAUCCUCAUUGGCAGCCACCUUUGGAGCAGACUCCCGACGCAUGGUGAAACAAAAUGCUAUGAAACCUGCUCCUCUUACGGAUAUGAUGCCCGCGUUAUUGAGUGGAAUCCCUUCAUGGCACCCCGAGAUCAAAUAUAUGAACCCCACUACAGAAAGACUGCUUUCCAAUAUUUAUAUGAUGGGAAAUUUUGUCAUUGUAUUAAGGCACAGAUUGACAUGCAUCAGUAUAGACCAUGUACCGACGAGUUAUGCAAAGCCAUUUGUGGUCAUUACGAAGCUGAAUGCGACAAACGGACUAGAAGAGCAUGUUUCUGUAAUACGCAUCAGCUUGCACACGGAUUGGGCAGAAGGCCCGACCCUGGAGAGGUAAACUGUGACAUCUCUUGCAGAUACGGGCUGUAUAAUGCCAAAAUUUUGGAUUUGAAAUGGGAAAUACCUGUUGAUAGUUGGGGUGUCACUGUGAGCAAGUAUUGUGCUUGUACCCAGUUGUUGACUUCCUCGGGAUUGACACAUUGCGACCCUGUGGACGACGAAUGUCCAACAUAUUGCGGUAAUCCGGAAGCAUACUGCACAAGAGAAAAGUAUUGCUAUUGUGGAAUUAUGCCAAACAUAAUGCAAAAUAAUUCUAUGAUACGACUCGGGAACGGGAAGGAACAAGACGAUUGUGGGGAAAAGUGUCGCAGUUGGAUGUGGCCUUUGACAGAGGACGUAGAUGCAAGUCCCUACAUUUACGACGAAACUCUGGCCACUUGCGCAGAAACAGAUUCUUGUCAAAAAAUUGACACAAGUCCGUGGAAGCCGGAACAUGCAGGAUCCUAUUCCAUUCCCGUCGAUGCUCUAGAAUCCAAAUCAGAUGAGAGUCAUCGUAAAUUUUGUUUGUGUGCGAAAACUGAGACAACAAUGUACAAACCAGGUGCUCGAUUUUUGAUGCACUCGGAACCCUCAAGGAUCAACAAGAAAAUUCCAUGCUUUCUCAAUCAUACUUGUGAUAUCGUAGGUUCUGGGAUACACAUCAUUGGUUGAUGAAUAUGUGAUAAUUUUAAAGCUUAAUACGUCAUUUACAAGGCAAGGAGUUAAUAAAAUGAAAUAUUUAAUAGUUUA